CCACGAACCAACAAGCAGCAAAACAGAAGCAAAGAGCGAAGCAACCACCAAAGAUCGAAAACCAAACAAAGCAACAAGCAACACAACACAACCACCACCACCACCACCACCACCACAUCCAUCCGAUCCAGCCGACCAUGAAGCCGCGCAUGAAUGAAGGGCAGCUGCAGGAGUGGCAGCGAGAGCUGCUGGCGCAACGCCUCAACAUCUACACUCACGAUCUCUGCAGAUGGAUCAAUCGUGUGCUGCAGCGGGAGGUUGCGCCAGAGGACUUUGUCAAGACGUUGGGUCCUGGCGUUGUGCUUCUCGAUCUUGCAAAGGCAAUCCAGGCUGGCGAAGUGCAAUAUCGUCAAGAGUACCGCGUGGAAGAAGAGUUUCCCACCAUGAAGCUGCAAGUCCGUCGCAACGCCAAAGCAGGGACGUUUGCUGCGCGCGACAACAUUGCGCAGUUCAUUGCAUGGGCACGACGACUUGGUAUUCCAGACGACCUCAUGUUCGAAACCAACGACCUUGUGUUGGAGAAGGACAUGAAGCAAGUCAUCUACUGCCUCAUGGAGGUAGCGCGCUGCCAGCACGGCGUUGAACCGCCACGCCUCGUGAAGAUGGAGCGAUCACUCGACGACGAAGUCGCACUCACUGAGGGGACAGAAACCCCAGGUGAUGCAGAGAUGGACGCGGCCGUUCGCGCUCUGCUCGCAGACCUCGGUCUCGAUCAACAUCUCGCUGACAAGCGCGACUCCCUCGGCAGAUAUUUUUUCGGGCAGGAGACGCCCGUGUUUGUGCGCACCCUGGAUGGUGAUCUGCUUGUGCCCAUGGAGGGCGAGUGGAUCACCCUGCACCACUUCCUGCGGCUCAUCGCCGGCGAUUACAAGGCAGAGGUCCGCCGCGUGCUGAAGCGCUGUCGCAAGGUCGCAAAGGUCAACGAGGGUGCUCAUGCGGAUGACGUGGAGCAGCACGCCGCAUGCUCCACUUCCGGCUUAAACGAAGAAGCGCAGACGUCCAUGGAUGAGAUCGAGAAGCGCAUUGAGACCCAGCGCCGCGAAUUUUCGGCACAGGUGGCCACGCUUGUUGGCGAUAUUGAGCGGGAGAAAAAGGAAGCAGAUGCCCUCCACCAGCACGUGGACGAGCUGAGGCUGACAAAGCAGAAGCAGGACACGGCGCUCUCUCAAGCACAGGAGGACAUCCGCACACUCCGCAAGCGCAUUGCACGCGAACGCUUCAACCGUGCUGCACAGCACGCCGUCGCCAACAUCCGUCGUCGCAGCUCAAACAUCUCAACACUCAAGGCCGCCGUCUUUGCCCUGCGCCAACUGGCCAAAGCCACAAAAGCCUUUGAUUCUGCGGAGUUUGUGCACGAGGCGCCACCGAAACAAGACAGACUGCAUUCUGCAUUGGCGCGAGCAGACCGAAGCCCACGGACCACGAGUCCCGUCAGGGAACUUCACGACACCGUCGUCGCAGCGGGCCCGAACACCACCGCCGCCAGCGCCGCUGCCACACGAUCGGCACCAGCCACCACGUCAACAGCAACAGCCACCGCCACGGCAAGGCCUGCAGGUGCCGCUGUCUCUGGGACAUCAUCAACCCCAUCAAAGGUGACCACACGCGAGGCUGCACGCACGCAGGGCCACCAGUCAUUUGCUUCCCCGCCACAUUCCCCAGACGUCGGUGAUACGUCUUACCUGUUUGAUGAGCCGGGCUCGCACCAGCCCACGCCUGUCAAGACCACGAGACACCUGACGCGCCAGCAGUGGACGGAAGGGCGGUCCUCAGAGCCGCACAUACCGCGACUUCGCGUGUCAAACUACAGCGUGGACGACUCGUUUGAUGUUGAGGUCGGACCCAAGCUCAAGGGCAAGCACCUCUCCUACUCCGCAGGUGACUUGUACGCGGUGCAGGAGCAUGUGACACACACCCGCCGUUCCCGUUCACCUCGCGCGAACACUGGCGAGCGCCGUGACCACAGCAACAGCGAUGUGGAUGCUGCGUUCGCCGAUCCCUCUGUGGAGGCGGUUCUUUUGCCAUCACCAACAGGUCGCUCGCGCACAGCCAUCAGGCACCAUGGCAACAAGGCCCUGCCGGAGCACGUUGGCGCAUCGCACGUCAUGCGCAUGAAGAUGGCGGAUGGCAGCCGCACACAGACAACAACCACAGCACGGCGACAGGAGCAGCACCAGUACCUUUCUCAUCGCAGUGGUAGCGGCAGUCGCAGCGGCUCUUCCGUCCUCGAUGGUGAAGCGGGCAUUGUCGUGACGCAAGACGGCCGCCGCUUCCGUGUCGUCGGCGUGAACGAAGUGAAGAAAAUCGAAAGGCGGCUGUCCGGUGCCAGCAAAGACGACACGACGACGGGCGCAUACACGCGCACAACGACGCGCCGCCUCUCGACGCGGGAAGCGGAGGCGCUUGGUUUGCUGGACAAGGCACGGCAGCUUUAUGCCGGCGUGCACUCUCGCGACAUUCUGGAUGGACAUCAGGUUCCCUAUGCCCCAACACCGCGUGUCCGCGUUGGGCGCGAGCGCAACUUCUUCUCGCCCAGCGCCGCAAGCUCAAGCAUGGAGCAGUGAACGUCUGUGAUGACGUGACCGUGUUUCAUCGUGUGCACGUGCACAAUUUGCCCUUGUUCCAACGUGGUGUCCUUGCUUGCGUUCUUGUGUUUGUCUCGUUCAUGUUCAAUUUGUGCCUUCUUCCCACUUCCCGACCUAUAUCCAUUGGAUGUGUC